AUGGCUUCAACCUCAGUCGAUGCGAUCGCCCCAUCCCAACUAUUACAUUAUCUGCCUACGUAUCGGGUGCUGAUCUGUCUACGUUGCAGCUACGCGAUUCAGCCUGGUGCAGUCGCUCGCCAUCUCAAAGAAAUCCAUCAUCUUCAUCAUUUAUCGCGUCGACCCUUUGUCGACUAUGCCUCAGGAUUUGAACUGAGCCAACCCAGUGAUGUCGUCUUGCCCGAUGAAACCCAGUUUCCAGUGCCUUUACUGCCUGUCCAAAAUGGGCUAGCCUGCUCCUUUGCAAGCUGCGCUCAUCUUUGUGUCACCACCAAGCGCAUGAAGCAGCACUGGAUGUCUGUACAUCACAUCUCUGCCUCAGAUAAUGGAGGCUUCUGGGAUCUUGUGCCGCUGCAGACAUUUUUCCGGGGAAAUGCUCUCCGCUACUUUACUAACCCGGCGUUAUUGAUUUCGUCGUCUUCUUCUGACAAAUCCGAUGGGCUGACAAACACGACUGCGACAACCCCGGCUUCAAGCGGGAAUCGAGAAACGAGUCCUUAUCCAACAUUGGUCACAAGCGACACAGGCCUACUAGACAAUUAUCGGAACUACACCUACAAAACCCUCUCAUGCGGCCCCGAGACAGAUGAUGCGUUUCGAAUCAUUGUCCCACAGCUAGCCACCCAGUUUCCCUUCUUACUGCAUGGCAUCCUGUCCUGUUCUUCGCUCCACCUUGCUUCUAUCGACCCCACAAAUAGAGCGCAUUAUACGAUCCAGUCAAUCCGACACGCAGACCAAGCGGCUCCUGCAUUCCGAUGGGCAACUAUGAAUGUGGAUAGCAAUAACAGUCAGGCGGUGCUGGCUUUUGCAUUUUUCCUCGUCGUCUACGCCCUAGGCUCAGAGUCUAACGACCAACCAUUGUUUCUGAGCAAAGAGAAUAACCAGGGAGAAGAUGACCCUUCCUUGGAGUGGAUUGAGAUCCUCCGUAACGGCUGCUCCAUGCUCUGCCCCGUCUGGAUGGAGCUCAAAGCUAGUCCAUUGGCACCGUUUACGGCGCUUUGGCGGGCCGAUCUCGGCGUCACUACCGAUCCUAACGACCCUCUACUAAUUACACUACUCUCCGUCAUUCCAGAAUAUGAAUCCGAAUCGACUGAAUACUAUAUAUACCGCGAUUCCGCGGUCAAAUUGACACACGCCUUUGCGUUUAUUGAACGGUGCGGGUCACCGUCAACUAUCUGGGAUGUUCUUAAUUCAUGGCCAAUGCACGUUUUGCCGGAGUAUCUGACCCUACUGAAACAUAACGAUCCAGGCGCUUUGCUGCUGUUGGCCUACUAUGCUAUCCUUCUGCAGCCGUUUCGGGAACAAUGGUUCCUGAAAGGCCGAGUCGUGAAGUUGAUAGAUGAAAUUGCGCGACGACUAAAUGGGAAUUGCCCGCCACUGAUUUGGGAAGUGUUUUCUAUGAUGCAGCAGGAACACUUUGCGAGAGAGUUUAUAUAA